GGACACACGAGAUGGAACCGAGUUGUUCAAAUUACGAUACGGGAGGCGUUAAAAUUCAGAGUGUCUGAGUCGCUCGAUGAGCGAUAAGCCCCCGCUCGCGUCGCACUUGCGCACCACCCCGCACACAGGCCGUCCCUUGCGCCGUGUCGAAAACCAAAAUUGCGAACGCGAUUUGGAAUCGCAUCGACCGAGUUAGGACGCGAGACACGCCGCCGAAUUGCUCGAUCCUGCCUGGCGUCGGCACCAGCACCCGCAAAAUCGCACCGUCGGCUGACUGGAGGGGUCGAAAGGGGGUGGCAAUGGGCAGGUGGUGAGGCCGUCGGCAGCCCGGGCACCAGCAGUACGCGCCCAGCCAGCUCCUCAGCAGCAGCUGCAAGCGCCUGUGGAGCUGUGAGUGCUUUUCGAUACACGGAUUUCGAGAGAGCGCCCAUUCUGUGGGCAUUCGGCCGCUUUUCCAGAAGGCGAAUACCACGAGGGUCACAGCGCUGGCUCUGAAGGAUGGUCGCUCUUGCUGUUGGAGGCGCGACACCAAGCAGCACCUACUGCACUGACCCAGUGGAGCGUUUGUGCCCUGGGGCGGACCCCCGCGCGCCACCAUGUUCGAGCGGGACGGCGCCCUUAUUAUUCUAAGCCCCGACCAAGAAAUAGCCUUCACCCUGGAGGCCCUCACGCAAGCGGCCAUCAUCUUCUCGCUGGGGGUAGCCAUCGUGGUCUCCAAUGUGCUCAUCAUCGCCACCUUCCUUACGGCCCAUGGCCCGAAGGAAGUGAUAAACUACUACCUGCUGUCGCUAGCGGUGGCGGACCUGCUAUGCGGCCUGCUGGUGGUGCCUCUGUCCGUGUACCCGGCCAUCGUGCAGCACUGGGUGUACGGAGACAUGGUGUGCCGGCUCGCCGGCUACGUGGAAGUGACACUGUGGAGCGUGAGUGUUUACACGUUCAUGUGGAUCAGCGUAGACCGGUACCUGGCCAUUCGGAAGCCGCUGCGGUACGACACUGUGCAGACGAAGACGCGGUGCCAGUGCUGGAUGGCAUUCACGUGGAUCUCGUCGUGCAUGCUGUGCUGCCCGCCGCUGCUCAACUUCAGCAAGCCGCACUUUGACCCCGAGGCGUACGUGUGCCAGCUCGACUGGGACAACAUGAUGGCGUACACGGUGACCAUGGCCAUCCUGGUGCUGGGCCCCUCGCUCAUCACCAUCGUCUACACCUACGGCUACAUCUUCACCGUGAUGAAGCGCGUGCGGUCAGGCGUGCCCAUCCACGACCGCGAGUACGCCACCGCGCUGGCCGAGAACCUGUCCAACCCUAGCCACAUCAUGUCCUUUGUGCUCAUCUGCGCCUUCUGGCUCUCUUGGGCGCCCUACGCCGGCGUCCGGCUCUACGAGUACUGCACGGGCCUGCGCUUCCAGGUGCCCAUGCUGCACUUUGCCAUCGUCUGGGUCGGCGUGCUCAACUCGUUUUGGAAGUCGCUCAUCUACGUCACCAUGAGCCCCUCGUUCCGCGUCGGCAUGCGCAUCUUCUGCCUCAGCCUGUGCUGCAGGUACAAGGGCCGCAGGGACAAUCUCGACGAUGACGACUAGAUGUGUUUAUAUAGAUAAACUAAUCUCUUAAUAUAAUAUUGUUGUUGUUGCUGCUGCUGCCGUUGACUGUUCGUUCGCGCAGAAGGCCAGUGUUUUCCGUGGUGCAUCCUGAGUUCCAUUUACAUACGCGUCCGCUUCUCAACUGUCCCGGUGGCGAAUCCGAAAAGCCAAGACUAAAACAUGGUGACGAGUUAUGGGAUAAUCUUUUGAGGGUUGCGUCAUGUCUUGCUGUUGGGUGCUUAAUGUCUUGUUACAUUUUAGGAUGAAUUCAUGAGGGCUUGACGGGAGGUUGCAUUCAUUACAUUUUAUAUCGUUUUUCCUGAAGAGGGAGAAUCUAAAAUGUUGGAACUUCCAAAUCUAAUUUUGAUUAAUUUAUUGGUUCCAACUCUUUCAAAACAUAUCUCUUGAAAGUGUCCAAUUUCGGCCGUUGGAAGAGUUCAAAGUCUUGCAAAGUUUCCGCCAGUAAUUAUAUUAUUAAACUGAUUAAAGAAUUAAUUUUCUCACAUAGACAAAUCUAAUUCCAAGACUAAAAGUGGUGCUUUUCAUAUGAUUAGGGGUUGUUAAACACCAAUUUUAAAUGGGACUUUUAGUUCAGAUUACUUAAUGAAAAUUAAUUCCCAUUAAUAUUCCUUUGAAAUAAAACCUCACAAUCAUUCUAAAUUAAAACCUGUAAAUUGUCAAGCCAAUCUUUAAAAAUUUAAUCAAUGGUUAGAGUAGAAUUUCAAAGUGGCUCAGAGUCAAAAUCAAGCGGAUGUAGGCUUUGUCGGAGCGAAUCAUAUUAACUUGUCUGUACUCUUCAAUCUAAACGCUUCGAAGUACUUAGCUCAAAUGUUAGUUCAGCUUACUUAUACUUAAAAAUAAGACCUUUAUCUAAUCCAAUUGAUAUAUAGAGUCAAAUCAAAUCUUCAGACUUGCGUAUACUGAAAGGCAACCCUCAACUGCAAUCAGUAUAAUAUUAUAUACUUGAAUGUAUCAUCGUGCUUUUGCUGUCUUUCAUUAAACUCGCACCUGCUAAUUCAUUUGCGAGCCGGACCACCAGGGUCAAGCAGAGCGGACGCGAAUUUUUUACUACGAGACAUGACGUAGGUUGUAACAAAAGUUUUCAAGAUAGCAUUUAAUGCAGCAAUAAUUGUCUCAAGGCUAAGUUCUUGAAUUAAAAACAAACACCAAAAAAAGAAUACGAAACGCGUGAAGUGACGGGGGAUAUUAUUUAUCGAUGGAUGCGGUAUUCACAAAUUCCUGAAUUCUUUGGUACACAGCAUACUAGUAUGGCGCAGGCUACAAUCAUUUUUUCAGAAAUUAUUUGCACAAUCGUCUUUGUUGAAAGAUCGAACGAGCUUUCCCAUUUGAGACGAGAAUAUUGAAAAAUGGCAGAAGUUGAUGAAUUUUUUAGUAUACUUGUGAGAAUAUGUACACACAGUUAUAUAGAAGACCGUUCGAGGCGCCUCCAUUUGAAUCAUGUCCAAAAGAGUGAUCAAAGUUAUAUUGAAAACCUUUUAACUAAAAUCUUGAUGUUAGGCUUUUGAUAAUUAAAUGUUACCUAGAGAGUGCGGGAGGGAGCGAGCAGUUUUAAAUUAUUAUUAUUUCCAUCACGUAAUGUCGUUUAAAGCAAAAAAGAAAUAACAACACCUUGUAAUAACACAAAACUAUAAACAGACGCGCAUUAAACGGAAAAUAAUAAUAUUUUUAGAGUCAGCAAUCGUUGUAAUCAAUCAAAUACUUAAACUUAUAAGUGGCGUAGGAAGAUAUAUUUAUAGACAAGUGAAUUGUGACAAUACGUGAGGGAAAUUUGAGAAUUUAGAAAUGAAGGCAUAUUUAAAGCAAGAUUAAAAAGCAUAAAAAAAGAUGAAGUAUUUACAAUAUGUGUGUUCCAAUGUACUCAAUUGUUAUCAAGUUUAUGACUCUUUAUCAAACUGUGAAGCUCAGUUUUGAUGCAGUGCAUUCCAAACGACCGCGCGAUUACUGAAAUUUCAAACGAAUUGUUAUGUAUAAUAUUAGAGAGCUGUUAAAAUUUUGAUAAAUAUGUAUCUCAUCGUUUUAAGCGCAAAUCCUGGCAAUCCCGCCUCUCGAUUAUCAUUAAAAUAUUCAACCGGACUCGCUACAUUAAAAGUUAAAAGGUGCAGGUCGGGAGUUGACGCGAGAGAGAGAGAGACACUGUUGGAGGAACAUAAGAAAAAUAAAACAUAAUAUAAAGUACACCUCAUAAAGCUCUGAUCACAUAAGAAACGUCUUGAGACGUGCAUAAUGGACAUUGUUACUGGAGAAGGGCUAAAAAUUAACCUCCCUUUCAUUGUCUGUGCCACGAAAUCCAAAUUUAGCUGGAUUUGAAGCAGAAAAUGUGUAAUCAAAAACACCAAACCACGAUUAAUUAGUAGUGCAAC